GUUUAUAAUCUCUUGAGCGCUGAAUUCAGUGGCGUAUGUGUUAAAGCUCAUCCAAAUAUCCAGAGAUGCGCAUCGCAGUUCUUCUCCUGAUACUCCUGCCGCCCACGGCAGCCAAAGAUCUGUGUAAAGACAGCAUCGCUGGAUUUAAAGUCAGACUCAGCAUUAAGACGGCCCUCGGAGAUAAAGCAUAUGAGUGGAAUAAGAGUGAGAUGUUUCUCUUCCAAUCUACUCUGGCGUUUGCGAUGAAUCGCGCUAAUAAAUCUAAUCAGGACACAAACUACAAUAUUGCAAACAUACUGGUGUGCAAUGAUACCCAAAGAGUGUCGUUCGUGUUCGUGGUGACAUCGCCAGAUGAUCCAACCCAACUGAUCCCCAAAGAACAAGUGGAGGAAGCAGUGAGGUUGAGUAAGCAUCGCAUAAACAGUGCGUUCCUGUUAUCGGACAUGACCCUGGAGUUCGUGGGAAUCCCGCCGACGCUGGCGGCCCCGGUCACAUACGACACUCCUCCAUGGCUCAUCGUGUUUGGUGUGGUCAUAGGUGCUGUGGCUGUGGGGAUCAUGGCUUUACUGACGUCUACAGUUAGCAAAAGACGACGAGCCAAAGACAAAGCUGCUGGUUUUGCAGAAGAGGACGGCGGAAUAGCCAAAGAUAACGUAACCACACUUUCAAGCCUUAAAGGGAAAGAUGGUGUCUAUAAUCACGCGUUCUCAAACGACGACCGCUUCACCCAGCUGUAGACACAGAGAAAAGUAAAGCCAUUCAGUAUCACAUAACCUCUAAAAUGCUUCAGAUAUCCCAAAGAAUGAUAUUCAUGUAUUCACCUUUUUCCUACAACCCAUGAUGCUUUGCACAAAUUAUGGGAGUAACUUCCGUUAAACUGUAAACAAUCAGCGAAAGAUUCGCUCUAUGAAUGUAAUAAGCAUUUUCAAAAACUGGGUAAACUGAGAUGACGUUAUUCUACACACCCUUCAACCAUUGAACAAUAAAAGGACAUUUAAAAGUGUAAAAGCAUUAAGAAAUUACUACAACAGACCAUGAAUAAAUAUCACUGU